AUGUACAUCAUUACUAAUCUGGGCGCAUCCAAUGGAUGCAAAGUGAGCAAAAAUCGACAAUUACAAGAGACACAAAAGAAAAAGACGCGCGCUCCUGCGUACCGAAACGCGGAGCGCCCGCGCCAAUUGAAACGUGCCCUGAGAGCCGCGUUGCUCACGAGACGGACAACCGUAAAAGAAACCGAGGAGAGGGCCAGGCGCCAUUUGCUCCCUGGAUCAAAGAUGAUUCGGAAACUUCGCCCGUCCAUCCUUUCCUUGUUGCUGCUGUUCCUGCAGCUGGUGCCCCUGUCCUCUGCCUCCCUUAAAAACGAAUUAUCAAAUGCAGAAGAUACCAAAGAAGCUCUGCAAUGGAAUAUCACAUGGUGUAGGACUAGCCUUCCUUCUUUCCAGUACAAAGCAGAAUGUGGAACAAGGCCUCUUAUGGAUGAGUCCACAGUGGGGUCCCGGAUUAUAGGUGGACAUGAUGCUGAACUUGGGGCAUGGCCAUGGCAAGUUAGCCUUCAGAUUCACUACAGUGAUGGAGCAUAUCGUCAUAUAUGUGCAGGAGCUUUAAUUAAUAACAACUCAGUGCUCACUGCAGCACACUGCAUCAAAAAUUAUGUGAACCCAAACAUGUGGAAGGCUGUAGUUGGUUUGCAUCAUCUCUAUAAACAUCUGCCUUAUACUACUGUAUACCAUGUCAAAUAUAUUAUAAUCCACUCUGAUUUUGAAUUUGGAACUUUUGAAAAUGAUGUUGCCUUGUUCAGAUUAACUCAGCUUGUCAAAUACAAUGGCUAUGUCCAGCCCAUCUGCUUACCUGACGCUGCUCACUUCCAGAUUAAUAAACAUAAGAAUCCAUGUUAUAUAAGCGGGUGGGGAAGCACAAAGGAGAAAGGUAAAGGUAAACAUAUACUACAAGAAGCUCAGGUUGACAUUAUUCCACUACAAAUCUGUAAUAGCUAUGAUUGGUAUGCAGGCACAGUAUCCUUGAAUAUGAUUUGUGCUGGUUCUGAAAGUGGACAUGUUGAUAGUUGCCAGGGAGACAGUGGUGGUCCUCUGGUGUGCUAUUUCCCAGAUGCCAACAAAUAUUAUUUAAUAGGAAUCACCAGCUCUGGCUUUGGCUGUGGCAGACCAAAAUUUCCAGGACUCUAUGUACGUACAGCAAGUUACAGAAAUUGGAUAUAUUCUUAUAUAUCUAACAAAACAAAUACUGCAUUUCUUGAGACCUGA